AAGCCACAGCAGUACGGUCUAGUAGUGGAUUCAACAUGAAAUGCUUCACAUGCCUGCUCUCUCUGUGUCUUUUCUCUCAGUCUGUGGAUUGUGACGCCGAUGGAAAUGGGUACUUCAUGUAUGCCGACUUCUGGUGUGCCAUGUACUCCAGAGACCGCGAGCAGGUGGAAUAUCUGGUCGACUGGUACUUUAACGAAGAGUUCAUGAUGCAGUACAACAGCACCGUCGGGAGCUGGACGGGCUUCACUCCAGCUGGAUUAGUGUCUGCGUCGAUGUUAAACGCAGACAAGCAUGAUCUUCUGCAGAGGAGAGUGGAGAAGGAACUGAUAUGUGUCAACAAUGUCGAUUUGAUAUUUAACAUAACUGAGGAGAACAUGGCUGAACCCAGCGUCACGCUUGUGGAGACCACCAGCUCCAGCCACGGCACCAUGCUGGUUUGCAGCGCAUAUGACUUCUACCCCAAAAACAUCAGGGUGACGUGGUACCGGAACGGACAGGAAGUGACCUCGGGCGUGACCUUUAGCGAGGUGAUAACAAACGGAGACUGGACCUAUCAGGUCCACUCUUACCUGGAGUACACACCUGGCCGGCAGGACGGGGUCAGCUGUAUGGUGGAGCAUGUCAGCCUCAGGAAGCCCAAGAUUUAUAACUGGGAUUCUUCCAUGCAUCAGUCUGAGAGAAGCUUCCUGAUUGGUGGAGCCUCUGCCCUGCUGUUGGGAGCUGUGUUACUGUCCUCGGGACUGGUCCACUACAGGAGGAAAAGCUCUGAUCCACGAUUUUCAAACACUUUAUAACUAGUUUAGCUAAUUUUAGACAUAUAAGACACCAGUUACCAAUAGCUGCAGCUAAACUGUUUUUGCAUUCAGUGAUCUUCUCAUAUUUAUCUUACUGUUCUAAAAGCUGGUCCCAGGCAGGUGGGACUACGCUAAAACCUGUAUGUGCCCUUUACAAACAAGCUGUGAAACUUCUUGACAAAAAACCAAGAACCUACCAUCACUGCACCAUCAUAAAAAAACACAACCUAUUAACCUUUGACAGUUUUCUCUCUUUUGCAGACAUGUGCCGGAUGUAUAAAUUGACCCAUGAUCUUGCACCAGCCCCACUCAAGCAAUGUGUGUCAUUUUGUAGAAAUAAUGUAAGGGUCACCAGGGUUUCUGUAAGAGGUGACUGUUACACUCAAUUUAGGAAGACUACAUUUGGUCAAUCAGCUUUUUCAUUUACUGUAGUAGAGAAGUGGAACUUAAUUCAUAUUUCUGUGUGAAUUAAGUUAUAUUUCUUAUAUAAUACUUCAUAUUAGAGAUUGUGCAAGUCUUCUCAGCAGUUUUAAAAUGUCCUUAAAGACUUGGCUGAAGACGAAUCAACUAUGUGAUCAUUGAUCUUUUUAUAACAUGGAAUGUAUAUUUGUAUUUUGGUUUAUAUGUGAGUAAUGCUUGUCACAUGUUGUUAAGUUUCUAUCUGUUUUGAUAGUAUUGUCUGUAUUGUCUAUAUUGUCCUUUUAUCUCCAUUGCCCAGGGACCACAGAUGUAAAUUAGCUGUAUAGCUAACUCUGGUGCAGGGCCUGAACUGUGCAUGGUGCCUGACAAUUAAAUUAAUAAAAUACAAAAAAAAUAAAU